CUUGCUGGGCUUGCUAUACAUUUCAUCACAUCAGCAAGUUUAACCUGUUACGUAGCUAUAUAAGGCAGACACCCACUGGGGUGGGGGUGCUUGCUUUGCGAACGAUUGCCAAGCACCACUUUCUGCGCAGAAAUAAAGAUUAAGUUGGAUCCUUCACCCCUGUGUGUUUAUUGGCACAAGCGCACCGGGCACGAACUCACUGUCCUUUGGGGACAACAAUUUCUGGCGACCCAGAUGGGACUCUAGCUGACUGCCUUGCCCGGUCCACCUCUUCGGCUCCGGCAACAACUGUGGACGGCGCGAGGGCCAGGCGCCACCGACCUUAUUCGUCGGAGGUCUGACCGUCUCCUGGUUGCCUGACGGAGUUGGGGAGGGGCACAACGGCGCAACGCUCGAAGGACCAACUUAAUCAGGUGGGGCGAGGGAGGUUUCAACGGACUGGACCUCAGAGCCGUGAACAAGGUCACGGUGACCCUUCAUCCAGUGGUAAAGGACCCUUAUACUUUGCUGACUACUUUGUCUGCAGAGGAACAGUGGUUUACAGUCCUGGACCUAAAAGAUGCCUUCUUUUGCAUCCCACUUGAAAGAGACAGCCAAGAGAUUUUUGCACUCGAGUGGGAAGACCCGAAUACUAGGAGAAAAACCCAAUUGUGCUGGACAGUUUUGCCUCAGGGUUUUAAGAACAGUCCCACUAUUUUCAGCACUGCCUUAAGUACCGACCUUCAGAAGUGGGACAAAGGGACAUCAGGAACCCUGUUACAGUAUGUGGACGAUUUGUUAAUUGCAGCAAAAACGAGGGAAGAGUGCCACCUGUUGACCGUAAGUUUACUAAACUUCCUGGGACAAGUUGGAUAUCGAGUAUCUUGAAAGAAAGCCCAGAUAACAGAAAAAAGGGUACGAUAUUUGGGAUUUGACAUCUCACAAGGCCAGAGGAUGUUGGGCCCUGAAAGAAAAGAGGCCAUCUGUCGGAUGGCAGUCCCAAAGACCAAGAGACAGUUGCGAUGCUUUUUAGGAAUGGCAGGAUUCUGCCGGAUCUGGAUCCCCAAUUUUGGACUAAUAGCCAAGGCUCUUUAUGAGGCCACUACUGGUAGUGAGGGAGAUUUGCAAUGGAUGGCAGAAUGCCAAAAGAGCUUUGACACUAUCAAACAGGCCCUUAUGACAGCGCUGGCCCUGGGCCUACCCGAUCUGAGUAAACCAUUUCAACUUUAUGUACAUGAACGCCAAGGAGUAGCAUCAGGAGUGCUGACCCAGUACUUAGGUAGCUGGAAAAGAGCAGUGGCCUACUUCUCCAAACAAUUGGAUCCCACUAGUUUGAGAUGGCCGGCCUGCCUGUGAGCAGUGGCAGCUACUGCUAUGCUGGUAAAGGAAUCUAAGAAACUUACUUUAGGACAACCAAUGACUGUGUAUACCCCACAUUCAGUGCUGAUGGUGAUGAAUGCAAAGGGGGGAACCUGGCUUUCCCCUGGACGAAUGGCUAAGUACCAGGCGACUCUCCUGGAUCAAGGAGACAUCCAGUUGCAAACCUCUAGUACCCUGAACCCAGCUACGUUGAUGCCAUUGGAACAGGAAGAAGGAUUACAGCAUGAUUGCAUUGAAACUAUUGAGAGUGUGUAUGCUAUCCAGCCGGAUCUUAAAGAUGCCCCACUACCUAAUGCAGACCUUGAAUUCUACACAGAUGGAAGGAGUUUCAUGGACAAUGGAACCCGAAAGGCGGGAUACGCCGUGGUUACAUCAUGGGAUACCGUGGAAGCAAACGCCUUGCCUCCAAAUACCUCUGCACAGAGAGCUGAGCUUAUUGCACUGACCCGAGCUCUCCAUUUGGCAAAAGGAAAGAUAGCCACUAUAUACACGGAUUCGAAGUACGCCUUUGGAGUCUUACACGUCCACGGAGCUAUAUGGAAAGAGAGAGGACUCUUAAUGGCAAGUAAAAGCCUAGUAAAGCAUGGAACAGAGAUCCUGAAAUUACUUGAAGCCGUGAUGGAACCACUAGAGGUAGCUGUGGUGCACUGUAAGGCCCAUCAAAAGGGAGAUGCUGACGUUAUUAAAGGAAAUUGACGAGCAGAUGCUGCGGCGAAGAAGGCAGCUAGAGGACAAGUUCAGGAGACUCAAAUGUUGGCAUUGAUGCCUCAGGUAGUGUUACCUGAGGAACCUCCCAAAUAUACUGAAAAAGAGAACCAACUCGCAGAGAAAUUGGGAAGCAAAGAACAACAAGAUGGAUGGUGGGUUUUGCUUGAGGGACAAGUCCUGAUGCCAAAACUGAUUCUUAGCAAAGUGCUCCAAGAGUACCACCAGAGCACCCAUAUGGGAGCUGACGCCAUGACCCAAGGUCUCCAAAGAAUUGUAGUGGGGCCUAAGAUGAGAAAAACAGCAGAACAAAUAGUGCAUAGAUGCCCUGUCUGUUGUGCCAACAAUCCUAAGAUUUCCCCCAAACCUCCACCAGGAGCAGGAAGGCAAGGACUAUUAGCAGGAGAAUGUUGGCAGAUAGAUUUCUCUGAAGUUCCCAGGAAGGGACACUACAAAUACCUGUUAGUGCUCGUGGACACUCUGACUGGAUGGACUGAGGCCUUCCCGUGCCAAAUCAACCAAGCAAAAGAAGUGGUCCGGGUGAUGCUAAAAGAAAUGAUUCCACGAUUCGGAAUCCCAGAGGGAUUAGCCUCAGAUCGAGGGCCACACUUUGUGUCAGAAGUGACCCAGGCAGUUUCCCGGGCUCUGGGGAUACAAUGGGACCUUCACACAGCAUGGAGACCGCGGUCAAGUGGACAGGUGGAACGAAUGAAUUAGACUCUAAAAAGACAGCUGGCUAAACUCUGCCAAGAGACUCAGCUGAAAUGGCCUGAAGCUCUGCCUCUUGCCUUGCUUAGAGUGCACAUAGCCCCUAGAGCUAAAUUGGGAGUUAGUCCAUUUGAAUUAAUGUAUGGCAAGCCAUAUCCUAAGAAUCCAGUGGUGACACAUGGGAGUCAAAUACAUGUAAAAGGGGAAGGUUGGGUAAAAGAUUAUUUGUAUUCUUUGUCUGCUGUAUUGUCUUCUCUCCACAGGUAUGUCCAGGAACGACUUCCACUCCCUCUAGAUAAACCAGUCCACAAGUUCCAGAUCGGAGACGAAGUGCUGGUCCGGACGUGGAAAGACGAGCCGCUUCAGCCCAGGUGGAAGGGACCGUAUCCUGUGAUUCUCACCACUCACGCUGCAGUAAAAGUUUAGGGGGUAAAGCCGUGGAUACACUACACCCGGGUGAAGGCCGCACCAGAAGUACCACCAGCAGGAGAAGUGGCUGAGAGUGUCGCACCGGAAGCCAACACAAACGGACACAGUUGGACAGCAGAGCCAGUAGAAGGACUUAAAUUUCUGUUUAAACGUCAACCAUGUGGAAAGUAGUUUUUUGCAUAGGUGUAAUGUUUCUAGAGUCUAAGGGGUUGGUGCAUCAAAGGUUCGAUAAGAGUCAAAAUGUGUGGGUUCAUUUGGCAAAGGACGUAUUAAAUGUCAUUCAUUUUUGUUUGGCAGGUGGAAUAUCGGUUGAUGAUAUUUUCACGUCAUGCCUUAUAGGGGUGCCCACUCCAAUGGAAGCACUUCGGAAUCAGACUUGGUUUGCAUCUGAGGGAAUAGGAGGUCCAAUCAAUUACACUAACAACUCCAUGUGGGGAACCAUUACCACAGAAAGAAACGCUAGUAUCUUUGAAAUAGAUUUGUUGACAGUCACCUCCCCUGGUAACACCAGCUGUGCCAAUUUUGUGAACUGUACCCAAGCUUGCAAAAGCCUAACCAAAGAAAUGAAAAUUUUCAAUUGCUCAGACAUGACUAAUGUAUCAUGCAACUACGUUCAUGUUAUAUUACCCCAGGGGUGGUUCCUCCUUUGUGGGAAGACUGCCUAUUCAUAUAUCCCAGCCAAUGCCACAGGAGGCCCUUGUGCUCUAGGCCGGUUGACUGUCUGGCUACCAGGUAUGCCUAAGACCUCUAGUAAGCAUCACCGGAGAGGUUCGAAGGUGCUAGAUGAAUCCUGUGAUAGUGACAUAAACCUCCUGAGUGAGGCCGAGGUAGUAUCCUUAGCAGUUUUCCUAGUAGGGGUGCCAGGCCUAGCAGUGGACGCUGAGAGGCAGCUUGGUAAGGUGGCCUGUGCCCUCGCAAAGGGCCUAAAUACAACUUCACAGGCCCUAGCUGCCCUCAAUAUUGAAAUGAAAGAACUAAGAGGAGCUACUCUGCAAAAUAGAGCAGCCAUAGAUUACCUGUUGCUGAGGCAUAACCACGGAUGUGAAGAGUUCGAGGGAAUGUGUUGUUUUAAUUUGACAGAUAACUCCGAGUUGAUAGAGUCAAAAGUGCAGAAGUUAAAAAAGGUUCUGUCCCACAUUAAGCAAGGGGAAGGGUUCGUCUUCUCAUGGCUUACUUCUUGGCUUCCUACUUUUUCAUGGCUUAAGCAAAUUUUCCUAUUAAUUGUGGCAAGUAUAUGUAUUUUCUUGAUAAUCUGUUGUGGGAUACAGUGUGUGCCAAUGUGUUGUGAGGUACUCAAGAAAUCAAUUUCUUCCCCCGUUCACCGUGUGAUGUUUGUAAAAUCAUCAGUUACAAACCCGAUCCAAAAUAAUUGGGAGGAAGCGAAGAGAUUUCUGGAGGUGAGAAAGAUAGUCGAGGACUAUGGGCUUUUUUCAUAAAGGCCAUAGCCUCGAAGGGGGGAUUUGAUGAAGCACCCCUGGACUUUCACUGCAUUUUAACCAGGGAACAGCUUUGUAUGUUUUGAAAAAGUAUUUUAUCUAACCAAGGGCAUAGAGUAGGUUGUUUAGGCUGGGGGAGAUUGCUUGUUGCGUAGUUGCUGAUUGCUGGCCUCGCUAGAAGGAAAAGCUGUAUCAACAAAGUUCCGGAGCUGGAGGGGGGGUUACUUGCUGGGCUUGCUAUACAUUUCAUCACAUCAGCAAGUUUAACCUGUUACAUAGCUAUAUAAGGCACACGCCCACUGGGGUGGGGGUGCUUGUUUUGCGAACGAUUGCCAAGCACCACUUUCUGCGCAGAAAUAAAGAUUAAGUUGGAUCCUUCA